AUGGCCGCCAAUUACUGGGCAUCGACCCAACGACGACACUGGCUGUUUACGCGUGAGAAGCUGGCGGAGAUCCGCGAAAGCUUCAAGGAGAAAGACAAAGUCGCUCAUUCGCAGUUUCCUUUGCCGGAUCAAAGGUUACUUAAUAUUUAUUUCAGCCAGCAAUUGAUCAAGCUUGGCAAGAGAAUGUCCACGCGACAGCAAGCGCUAGCAACAGCGCAAGUAUACGUCAAACGCUUCUAUACUAAAAAUGAGAUCAGGCACACGAAUCCCUACCUGGUCGUGACCACUGCGUUCUACCUCGCUUGUAAAAUGGAGGAGUGCCCUCAACAUAUUCGCUUUGUUGUCGGAGAAGCGCGGGGCCUCUGGCCAGAAUUCAUUGCCCCAGAUGUAUCAAAGCUGGGCGAGUGCGAAUUUUCUCUCAUCUCCGAGAUGAGCUCGCAGCUCAUCGUCCAUCACCCCUAUCGAACUUUAUCCGAACUCCAGCCGGAGCUAUCGCUUACGUCGGACGAGGUAGCACUUGCAUGGUCUGUGAUCAACGACCACUAUCUAACCGACUUGCCACUUUUGUACCCACCGCAUGUCAUCGCCGUCAUGGCGAUCAUUGUUGCCGUCGUCUUCAAGCCAAGCCAGACCAGUUUUCAUGGUUCGGCCGCACCAUUGGCUGGAGCGAUGCGAGAUGGGGGCUUGAACAUCCUGGCGGCUCUGAGUGAUAAAAACGGCAGUGGUCCUCCGGCGCGGAUUCAGAGGCUAGUCGCAUGGCUAGCUGAGAGUGAGAUCGACAUCAAAGCAGUCAUCGAGUGCACGCAAGAGCUCGUCUCGCUUUACGAAAUAUGGGAGCAGUACAGUGAAAAGCACUGCAAGGAACUGCUGGGUCGCAUGGUCAAAACCAAGAAUCUUGACAAGUGA